CUUGUCUGAAUACAGGUGGGGUUUUAAAAAAUGUCCUGAAGGCGGCGGGAAAGUUGAGGGUUAUGUGAGAGUUUUAUAUCUGGAUGUAUGAUGAUAUAAGUUAUUAUACGCUGCUAAAUUAUUUCAAUUAAUAACACAAGAAGUUCAUAACGCCAGAGACUGAAGCAGGCCAGGCAUGAGCAGUGCACACCUGGACGAGUGGCAGAGGAGGUCCUUUGACAUUUCGUCUGGCACAUUUACACCUGAACAGACGGCCGACGCUUAUCGGGCGCACAUUCUGUCCAUUCAGUAUGCAUGGGCGAGCGCCGAGCUCUCUCCAGCCGGAGCUGCCAGCCUGUUCAGGACCUACACCGAGCGCUACGCUGCAGUCCUGGACUCAGACGACCAGCUCACAGGGCUGAAUAACUACGCCGACUGUGCCCUGCACCUGGCCCGCAAUCAGAGAAACCACAGCGACAAAUGGGAGUCAGCAUUAACAGUUGAAAAUGUGUUCAGCCUGCCGUGCGUGCAGAGUAUGAUGCAGAGUAGGGUGGAUGACAAUAGUGUCUCUGUGGAUCCAGCAGAUGCUGACAUUAUUGUUGGUGGGGAAGUCAGUCAGAGUUGUGGCAAAGGUAUGAUCGAGUCUAGUGCUGCUGGUGGAUGUAAACCUGAGCAUCCUUCACCCUGGCCUAUGCGUCAUAUCAGUGCUGUGGUAGAGAGAACAGCAGGUAGCUUGGCCAGUGGUUCAGCAGAGAGGACCAGAAGCAAAGAAACUGGUCUUACUUCAGCACAUAAUGUCCCUAGAGCCCCAGCAGGGGUAACUCCACUCUUGGUUCAUAACACUCGUAAUUCCCCUACCAGCCCUGGCUCUUUUCCUCAUUCAAGUUUUGCUAGCACAAGCAUGUCCAGUGCAAGCCAUUACCAUUCUGUGUUUUCCUCCUCUUCAAAUCCCUCUAAGAGGAAGAAUAUGUACAGUUCAGGAACUGAAAGCAACAGAAGUUCAUUCCUGCCACAGGGAGGUCAGGAAGGUGGAGGUAGUAGUCGUAGAAGAGAGGACCUUCCUGGCACUAACUUUAAAACAGCACGAGAGCAGCUUAUUGUUGACCAGCAGAAAAAAUAUUCUCAUCAGGGUCAGAGAGGUCCAUCAGCUCCCGUUGGUACAAUAACCAAAAAAUCUCUGGGGGCAAACAGGUCACGGGGGGCCUUCUCCAAAUUUGUCUCACCAAUGCCAAGGCAGGAGGAGGAAAGCAGCACCAGGGAUGACCCAACACAAGACGCUCAGAUUAUUGAUGAACGACUAAAGAACUUUGAACCUAAAAUUAUUGAACUGAUUAUGAGUGAAAUUAUGGACCAUGGCCCACCUGUAGCUUGGGAGGAUAUUGCUGGACUUGAGUUUGCCAAAGCUACCAUUAAGGAAAUUGUAGUGUGGCCCAUGCUCAGGCCUGAUAUUUUUACAGGUCUCAGAGGUCCACCUAAGGGGAUUCUCUUGUUUGGCCCUCCAGGUACUGGGAAAACGCUCAUAGGGAAGUGCAUAGCCUGUCAGUCUGGUGCCACGUUUUUCAGCAUUAGUGCAUCAUCACUCACAUCUAAGUGGGUGGGAGAAGGGGAGAAGCUGGUUAGAGCCCUGUUUGCCAUUGCCCGGUGCCAUCAGCCAGCGGUCAUUUUUAUCGAUGAGAUCGACUCCUUGCUUUCUCAGCGCACGGAUGGAGAACAUGACUCAUCUCGCCGGAUUAAAACAGAGUUUCUUGUCCAGCUUGAUGGUGCUGCAACCUCCUCUGAUGAUCGAAUAUUGGUGGUGGGGGCCACCAAUCGGCCACAGGAGAUUGAUGAAGCAGCCCGGCGUCGCCUGGCCAAACGACUCUACAUCCCCCUUCCAGAGUCUGCUGCUCGUCAGCAGAUAGUGACCAACCUAAUGUCUCGGGAGAAGAGCCAGUUGGGAGAUGAUGAGCUUGAGACAGUGGUGUCAAAAACAGAGGGUUUUUCAGGGGCUGAUAUGACACAACUGUGUCGUGAAGCAGCACUUGGCCCAAUCCGCAGCAUCCAGCUCAGUGACAUUGCCACCAUCAAACCCGAGCAGGUGCGACCUAUACUUUACUGUGACUUCCAGGAGGCUCUUAAGACUGUACGGCCCAGCGUGUCUACCAAAGAUCUUGAGCUCUAUGAAGACUGGAACAAGACUUUUGGCUGUGGUCGAUAAUCACCAAGUCUUUAUUUGUGGUGUAUUUUUUUCAAUGUUAAAGUUCUGUGUGCUGAAUUGAAUGGUAACAAGCCUGAAAGAUCUGUGCUGUUUGCUUUAAUGUUGUAAAUUUAACAGGUGACUGAAAGCAGUGUCUAUAUUUAGAUUUUGAAAGCCUUUUUAUCCAUUUUAUUCAAGUUUAGUGGUACUCAAUACCAUUUUCAUUUGGGCCUGGAUGCUGGAAAAUGCUGGAAAAUAAAUAAAUAGAUUUUUUUUUUUGGUA